AUGUGGCCAUCGUGCCUGCGGUUGAGCCAGCAGUUCAGCCAGACGUCCCAAAGCCAGAAGAAGCUUCUACCCAGGAACGAUCCACUGUUGCUGCAGACCCUCCCAGAACUGCAGAGACAGCAGUACUUGAGCAGAAGGAGGAUGUGGCCAUCGUGCCUGCGGUUGAGCCAGCAGUUCAGCCAGAGGUCCCAAAGCCAGAAGAAGUUUCUACCCAGGAACGAUCCACUGUUGCUGCUGACUCUCCCAGCACUGAAGAGACAGCAGUACUUGAGCAGAAGGAGGAUGUGGCCAUCGUGCCUGCGGUUGAGCCAGCAGUUCAGCCAGAGGUCCCAAAGCCAGAAGAAGUUUCUACCCAGGCACUUUCAAGCCCAACGCUGCAUCCAUGUAUGUGAUAUGGAUUAUUUGGAUUUAUUUGGAUGUAUGUUGCACUUGCCCCAAUUUUGGUGUAAAUUUCACAAUGAUUUAUGUAUAGAUACUAUCGCUGUCCUUCAAGACAACAGGCAGUAG